AUGGCGGAGCUUACACAAAAUGGCUGCUCCGCUUGGCAGGAUGUCAUUUCCUACCGUAUCGUUGAUUACCUUCCGGCGAACGAACUUGUGUUUCUUCGCGAGGUUGACAAGGCAACUGCGAGUAAGCUAAGCAAAUUCAAGACCAUCAAGCUGUCGGAGCCAUCCCCGCCGCACGCCUUCCGCCAGCGCUGGGGAAACCCGGAUGCCUUUAGCGCAUUUUCGGACUCCCAACGGCUUAACUUUCUAAAGCUGACCGCGGCAAGCGGCUCCCAAAUGAACCUCCAGGUCGCCCUCGAAAACGCUGGUCAGGUAGCCAGUGCGGCGCUGCUCGAGGCCGCCGCAGCGGCCGGGCAGCUGGAAAUUUGCAAGCUGCUACGGGAUCACUACGGCUGCAUGUGGCGGGAUUGGCGGUUGGCCAUUCCGAUGUCUGCUGCGGCGAGGAACGGACACCAGCACGUCUUUGAGUGGCUGCUGGCUGCCGGCUGCCCCCUGCGCCUUGGCGAUGUGUGCAGUGCCGCCCGCUGGGGCCAAGAAGACCUGCUUAGUUACGCUCUGAAGCAGCUUCACCAGCAGUACCUGCAAUCCGACCAUGAUUUCCAAGAGCUGCUGUCCAGUGCAGCGGAAGGACUGGGGCUGGAGUCAUUCCAGCGCCUGUACCAGCAGGUUCUGGAGGACCAAGCCCAGCCGCCUGCGCUCUGCGAGAUCCAAAAGGGGAACAUACUGGCUGCCGCGGCGGCCAGUCCCACACCGGACUGGCGGGCCAAGGUGGAGUGGCUCGAGGCCCAGGGCUAUCCUCGUUCGGAAAAGGCAAUCAUUACAGCUGCUCGUGCUAGUGGUCCUGCUCGUGCGGGUGGCCCUCACGACAUCGUUGGCCGCCUCCAGUGGCUGUGCAACCGCGGCUACACAGCAACCAGUGCAGCAGCGACCGCAGCUGUGGCCUACGGAAACCUGGACGCCCUAAUCUACCUGUUUGAGGAGAAGGGGGUCCGCCCAGGUUUCAUCCACCAUUGGAUUCCUAUGCCCGACCUGGCUGUGACGAAGUACAUGCACGCCAAGGGCUUGCCGAUAAAUGGCAUCCACCUGGCAUCAGAUGCAGCCCGGAAGGGCUGCCUGCCCGUUGUGGUCUGGGCUGUGGAGGUCCUGCAUAUCACCCCGGAUGCGAGUAACCACGGACUCCUUGGUCGUGCAGUGGGCAGUGGUAAUUUGGAGCUGGUGGCAUGGCUGGUGGCGCGGGGGUGGGGUGUGAACUGCCUGGGGCACUGUGGCUGGGAUUAUGCAGUCAACGGCGGCAAUUUGCAGCUGAUGGACUGGCUCGUGGAGAGGGGCUAUUCUACUUCGCUACCUUCGCCUUUGAUCGAUGAGGAUCCCUACGUGUCCGCGGCGCACUAUGGUGACCUGGCCGUGCUGAAGCACCUCCACAAGCUGGGCUACCCGCUGGCUCCGGACGUCCUCCUCCGGGCGGCGGAGGCCGGUGCACAUGUGCAGGCUCUCCGUACCCUGAUACAGCUGGGCUGUCCGCUGUACGACUGGGACGAGCUGUUGGAGGCGGUCAAGAAAGAUGUCGACGGGAAGCUUAGCNUACGGAGAGCCUACAACCGGACAUAG